AUGUCGAAACGUGGAGCUGAAGGUGAUCAUAUGAGAAGAGAGGAGGAGAGUAUGUUUGGGAUGGCCAGCACCCCAGAUGAAAAACCGCUCCGGGCGACGCAGGCCCAGUUAGCGAACAGAAAAAUCAAGGAUGUCCGCAAACGCCGGGCUCCAACUCCCACAACCGGCGGAGGAGCGGCUUCAUUCAACCCCUUCGCAUCCGUGGCACCGGCCUCGGCACCAGCACCUACCCAGUCGACUGGGUUCACAUUUGGUCAGACUCAGAGCCAGAGCUUUCCUGGGGCAAGCUCAGGGCCCAGCCAGGGGGGAAUGUUCUCGUCCGGUACUAAUGGCCAGGCGGGUGGUCAGGCGUCGUUCAGCUUCGGGGCGGGCCCUACCUCAUUUGGAACUGCACCGCCGAGCAAUCCUUUUUCUGUAGACACAUCAUUUGGCGGAAGUUCCCAGUCAACGACGAAUGGGUUCGGCUUUGGGGGAUUCAAUGCCGGAAACCAGUCCACUCCGUCGUUUGGUGGAUUUGGAGCACAACAGAACACAAGCACUCCAACAAAGCCCACCAUAUUCGGGCAGUCUGCAUCACAUAUGACUUCGCCUGCCGAUGACAGCAUGCAAACUUCGCCCGAUACCAAGCCCAAGGGAACUUCCAUGUUUGCAUCGAAGCCAGCCCCAGGUCCUUCGGCACUUAGCAAUCCAUUCUCAAACCUCUCAGGGCAGACCCCGUCCAGCAAUCUAUUUGCACCAUCACAGACAACUGCUCCCGAGAAAGUAGCCGACAAACCUGCGGAGACCCAGCCUUUCAAACUUUUCGGAUCAACGCCGGCCGCUUCGAAGCCCUCAGAUGGAGAGAAACAGCAGCCGACAGCCAGCAAUCCAUUUGCGAACCUGUCUGGACAGGCUCCAACCAGCAGCGCUAACAUAUUUGCCCCAAAGACAACAGCAGGGGAGCAAACUCCUGCGAAGCCCGCAGAGGCGGCGAAGCCUUUUGGUGCUCUUUUUGGGUCGACUUCCGGUUCCCAGCCCUCAGGGCCUGCUAGCAAUCUAUUUGCUCCCAAGCCUGCCACAGAAGAACCAAAAGCGAUCAAUCCCUUUGCGACGCUAUCAGCGCCAAGUUCCUUGGGUACUUUCUCCUCACCGAAGGUUACUGGGACCGAAAGUUCUGGAAAGGCUACCGCGGCACAGCCGUUCAUGUUUGGUACACCUACGGCAUCAAAAGUUUCGGAGGCUGGAAAAGAGCAGGCGGCUAUGCCAGCAUUCGGAAAUAUGUUUUCACCGAAGCCAGCCGUUGAGAACGUGGCUGCAAAGCCUGCAGCGGACCAGCCGUUCAAGUCUAUGUUUGGUACACCUGCGGCAUCGAAAGUUUUAGAGGCUGGGAAAGAGCAGACUGCUCCGCCGGCAUUUGGUAAUCUGUUCUCGCCAAAGCCGGUCGCUGAGAAUACGGGUGCAAAGCCAUCAGAGGACAAGCCCAAAUCCGUGUUCGGAACACCUGCGGGUACGACGCCUACAGGGGCUGAAAAGGAACCAUCAGCUGCAAGCAGUGUUUUUGCACCGAAGGUGACAAGUGAAGAGCAGGCUCCUGUACCUGCAAAGACGUCACAGUUCGGCUCAGUGUUUGGGGCGUCUCCUGCGUUGUCGAAACCAGAAGACAAGACAGCACAGGCAACACCUAGCAAUCCAUUCGCGAACCUUUCAGGGCAGAACGCGUUCGGCAAUCCAUUCGCGCCAAAGCCGACAGAGCAGGCUGUGAAGCCCCAGGCACCGAGUACUUCUCUUUUUGGUGCAAGCACGCCGAUUGACAACAAUAAGCAGAAUAAGGACAAUAAUAUUGCAGCUAACCCAUUCACUGUCGAGCCUAAGGCGUUGAAUGAACCUCAAACGGAAGGUUCGACGAAAACUACCACGCCUCAGGUGUCUUUCUCGCAGCCUUCACGCGACCAUAAAAGCUCUUGUUUACCUGUCCCUUCCUCCUCUUCUCUCCCCUCCUCAACUUCUACUGUUUCCAACACUUUCACUGCUCCAGACCCUGACAGUCUUUUCCCAAGAUCUGAUUAUCCUGUAUCAAUUGAGUAUCCUUUACCAAGCGAAGAUUCCGACGAAAUGCCGCUUAAACGUCUUUUCCCUGAGGACAAGACGGGCGAGCUUCGAAUGCGGGCUGACCUGCUGGUGAAAAUCGGCAUCUUGACCGAGGCGUUCAAGCGUGAGAUCGCCAAAUGCGACCCCAUGAAGGAUGAUAUUGACGAAGUCCUCAUUCUUUAUGCUGAACUCCGCCGUGAUCUUGGUGUCCCCAUUGGCUCGAUCAGCCCUGCUGAAGAGGCCAAACGCGCCGCCAUCGAUGAACGUGAUGCCGCCAAGGAAGCGCCAGAUGGCUGCUCCCCUCCUCGCAUCCCGUCCCCUCCGGCCUGUGUGCCUCGUAGCUUUGAACCGGUGCCUCCCAAGAAACAUUCGGUUGGGUCUACGACUUCUUCCAAGUUCGCCCAAUCCUUCUCUGCUCCGGCUCCUGCUUCGGCAACUACUUCCGCUAGCGCUUCUCCCGCCCCAGUUGCUGGUCCUUCGUCUCCCACUGCUGCUCCUGCUACUACCUCUGUCGCCCCCUCUGCUUUGGGAGUUCCCAAGUUUGGUGAUGCGGCCACUUCAACCGCCGCCCCUGUUAUUCCCAAGUUUGAUGGUGCAGCCACUUCAACCGCAGCCUCUGCUUUCCAGAUUCCUAAAUUUGGUGAUGCGGCCACUUCCACUGCCCCUUCUGCUUUCCAGAUUCCCAAGUUUGGUGCUGGGGCUACUGGCGCCGAUUUUGCGGCCCAGUUCAAGUCACAGUCAGACAAGAGUGAAGCUGAAGCAAAGGCCAAGAGAAAGGCUGAAGAGUUUGAUUCCGAGGAGGAGGAUGAGGAGGAGUGGGAGCGUAAAGAUGCGGAACGCCAGCGCGAGAAGCGCGAAAAGGUCCAAGCUGCAGCCAAUAAGCGUGCUGUUUUUAUCCCCGGCGUGGGUUUCAAAUUCGCUGAUGAUGAUAGCGCUGCUCCCAAGAGCGCUGAGGAGCCCGCUACAUCUGCUCCGUCUGCUGCUCCAUCUGCUACGUCUGCCAACCCUGCCACUGCUCCACAGGACGUUGAGGAACCUGAUCACAACGCUCCUACCCCUCCACCGGCCUUUGAGGGCAAAGUUUCUCACAAUACCACUCCUAGUAUCUUUAAAGAACCUCCCUUUACUGCCUGGCCUACUUCGGGAGCAAAAGGUGCUCCCUCUUUGUCUUCCUCGCAACACCAACCCCAGUUCCCUAAAUCUUCUCCUGACGCCUCUGAAUUUUCAACUCUCGUCGGAACAGCCACGCGUUCGCCUGCGGAUGCCGCACUCUUCGGGGGCAAGCCUGGAUCCUCCUCCUCCUUUCUUCGUAAGCCGGUCCCAGCCUCACAGAACAUUUUCGGCGGGCUUAAGCCAACCUCGCCGAAACGUAAGGCCUCUGCGGAUGGAAGUGACGAAGACGAUGAUUCCCCUGCAAAGAAGGUCAAGUCCACCCAGAACAUUUUCGGGCCCAAGCCAACAACCUCUGAGAACAUUUUCGGUCCUAAGCCAACAACAUCGCAGAGCCUUUUCGGUCAACCCAAGCCGACCUCGCAGAACAUCUUCGGUGGGCCCAAGCCAACCUCGCCGAAGCGCAAGGCCUCUGCGGAUGGAAGUGAUAACGAGGAUGAUUCCUCUGCAAAACAGACGAAGCUAUCGCCUCCUCCAUCUGCGGGCGCCAGUAUGUUUGGACGGGUCUCCUCUGCACCAGCACCGGCUCCUUUGACCAAUUCCUUCCCACCGUCCGCCAUUGCCCCAGCAUCAGUUCCUUCUACUCAGCCCAGUUCCACCCCAACAGAAGAUGAGGAUGGUGAGCCUGGUGAAAUUUUCGAUCUCACGAAGGGAAACGGCGGUGAAGAAGAAGAGACUGUUGUAUUCGAAGACAAAUCCCGGGUUUUCAAACUUGAGUCCAAGUGGCUGCCCAAAGGAACCGGUCCUGUCCGCCUUCUGAAGCACCCUGUCACUGGACGUGCACGAAUUGUCUGCCGUGCCGAACCAAGUGGAAAAGUCACAUUGAACAUUCUCCUGAAGAAAGAGUUCGACUACAAGCUCACCACUAACAGUGUCCAGUUCCUGGUGCCCGACGAGGCUGGCAAACUCACACAUUGGGCUGUUCGAGUGAAGACCGAGAGACUACAAGAGUUCCACAACCUGAUCCAAGAGAUCAAGAACUAA